AUGACGUCGGACAACUCUGCUGCUACACCUGAAGUAGAUCUGCUGGUGCUAUUGUCGCCCAUGGACGCUGUCUUGCUGAGCUACGGCUUCGCUGUGAUCUACGUGUUCCCGGCGCCUGCGGAUUGUACUGGGGCUUUUAAUCUCCAGAAGCUGGACGCCUCUUUUCAAGAGUUGGUGAAUGAAGACUACCGAUUUCUCGUUGGAAACGUGCAAGUGGAUGAUGCCACUGGUCGUGUGAGUGUGCUACAGACCCCUAAGGCUCGACGACAAGGCGCAGCAGGUCUCCGCUUCGAGCACCAGCCAAAGAGCUCACUAACCUCGGAUGAGGUGGUUGCAUCUCUUGAGUGGAGUUCCAUGCCUUCGAAACUGGAGAAGUACGAGACGAUUGCAAUUCGGUGCACGCCACUCGCGGACGGUGGGGUGGCUAUCGGAAUCACGCUGAACCAUACUCUGAUGGACGGAGAAGGUCUCUUCACCUUCAUGCGAGCAUGGGGGCAACUCUAUAGUGGAGUAGCCAAAGAACACAGACUCGUAAUCAACCACCACCGACACUUGCUCUCCGGAACGGGGCGAGGAUCGCAACGACCUCACCCCGCAAUAAAGAUUGCACUUGCACGUACUGCAAGUGAAAGAUACAUCGCUGAUCCGCCCUUCGUCAGUACAAUCGACAUCAUCACGGCUCUCUUCGUUGUGCUGAGCUCACGAGCGCGAGGGCACGGCCAAGACGUUCGAAUCACGACGGGUGUGAAUGCUCGACGGCGACUCGACCCCCCAUUGCCCACGAAUUACGCAGGCAACUGCGUCUUCAGCGCCUUAUCGACCUACAGCAAAGAGGAACUGCAGCCAGAGACGGAAGUUGACGACGCUGAUAUCAACCCCGUCACUCUGAUUAAACUCGCUCGUCGAGUUCGUGCGUCCAUCUUGGAGCUUGACGAUGAAUUUUUGCGCGACGCAAUUGAAUUUAUCGCUGAACAGGAACAUCUCUCACGCGUCGUCGUGAGCACCAAGUACAUCCUCGGACCUGACCUCAUGUUCACCUCGUGGGCCAACAUGGGUCUGUACGACGCCGACUUCAACGGCACUCGUCCAUGCUACGCUGGGAUUGCCAAGGUCCCAUUCCUGGACGGUAUGGUGGUCAUUGCGGAAGCUGCCAAAGGAGCUGACGGACUGGAUGUGCUGGUGUUUCUCGAGCGCGCUGCCAUGGAGAGGCUCAAGGUGCUGUGGGGGCAAGUCUCGCACUUACUGGACUAG